CACGAGGGUGAGGGCGGGAACCACCUGUGAGGGCGUGGGGCCACGGGCAGCGAGGUUGGGCUGUGCGCGUGUGCUGGGAUGGCGCUGCUCCGCGUGGGCUGGGAGCUGCCUCUGGGGUGGGGGCUGAGCCCGGCACGGGUCGGUCAGGGCUUCUCUGGACCUCAUCCUGCAGCGUGGACAUGGACGCAGAUGUGUCCUGGAAAGAGGAGUUCUUACAGAGAGAUGUGAUGAAGUAUUGCCAUGCCUGGAAAAAGUGACUGCUGAGGAGAGCAAAGAAGAAAAUUUCAAAGCAUGGUAAAAGAUGUAAGUAAAAUCCCUCUGCAAUAGCAGCUUACAUGAGUGUUGUUUCCUUGUGUGCACACCUGCUUAGUGGAGUAUCAUAUUCUUAGUGAAAAAAGUCUCACAGGUAGUGGAAAGUUUUAGUUUUGUGCCCUUCAUUAAAAGAACAUGAGGCUGUCUGAUGUCUCUGAUAUCUACUCAUUUUAUGGGAAGUUAUGGUAGGACUGUGGUACUAAUUGUUGGAUUUGAUAGUCUGCCUCAGGGAUCAAACCAAGCUCAAAGAAAUUUGUGCUGUAGCAACUGCCUGAACUAUGGCAGCUGCCGAGCCUGGUGGUUCAGAUGAUUUGGCUUCAGACCCUUCAGUUUUUUCACACAAUUGUUUCUAUUCAGACAGUCUGCAGCCAUCUUCUCUGCUUACUGACCACAUUGCCUGUCUUUUCCUUUGGUGACUCCAGCUGUAUCCCUUGAUCAUGGCACCAUUGUAGAUGCUAUCUUUCAGAUACAAGCAUCACAGUAUUGUGCUUAGAAUCCUGCCCACUUUGGUACCACGUUUUCCAUCAUUUCACAAGGCAGAGCUAUGCUCAGUCCCUCCCUGAGCACUGCUGCUUGGAAGAUAUUUUUGUGCCUGGACUUGUGUUUGCAAAGAGAAGGAUGACAGCAAGGAAUGAAAGAGCAGGCAGUUUGGAAAGUCCAUCUGAGAAUGAUGAGAGCAAGAGUGACAUGAAACUAAACAAAGGUUCUUUAGCCAAAUAAUGUCCUCCUAUUCUCACUUCUUUAACUAGGAAGAGCCACCUUCUUUAGAGAAGAGGACCAACCAGACUGUUGUUCUGUAGAGGAAAGACAUGAAUUAAGCAAGCAGUGAGUGAAUUUGAUGCUAGAGAAAGACUGAUUUUGCAGCAUGGGAGACUGGAAUUCUGCUUACAAAGUGAACAUCUUUGGGAUGAGACACAACAGCAUCUGAACUUUUAUGGAAUUACCGGUUGCUUUUGUGCCACUGAUAGACUUUACAGAAUGCUAAAUUUCAGAUAAUUGGAUUGGAGGACAGCCAGCAUAGCCUGUGAUCUGGACAUCAUCAAACAAUUGCAACUGCAGCAUCUUGCUCCUGUGGGUGAACAUCCAAACAACACGUGGCUGCAGACUGCAGGGGAUGGCUGUGCAGGUCGAGAUACAAAUGGUUGUCCAGCACAUCAUUGGCUAUCAAAGCCUUUCGUUUGAGACACUUAGCUUCCUGCUGACAUUGCUAGCUGCCACCGUCACCCCAGUAUUUGUCCUGUCAGAGCACUGGACCCACCUGCCCUGUGGCUGCAUCAUAAACUGCAGGAGGAAUUCAUAUGCUGUGUCUUCAGAGGAACUCAAAACCAAACACAGAGGUUUCGAAUUCAACCUUUCCUUCCAGCACAGUUACGGGAUCUAUCGAAUAUCCCCCGAAAGCCACCACCACGAUGGCGAUGGUAAAUCCACGUCGUGCCACAACUUGCUGGUCUGCGAGAAACCCUGCGAGCCGCCGAAGGGAGGUGGCGGCGGCGCGGCGAGGGCGGAACUCAGCACCACGGACAGCGCCCGGCCGGACCCUGCGGGGUUCAGCUCCAGGGACAGCCUCCAGCCCGGCACGGCGGAGCUCAGCACCACGGACAGCUCCAGACCCGGUCCGGCAGGGUUCAGCACCACAGACAGCGCCCGGCCCAGUACGGCAGGGGUGCGCGGGGAGAUGGCCUCGGUCCUCGGCAGGACCGUGGAUGGACCCGAGAGGAGGCUGUCUCAUGAAGAGGGCCACAAGCCAGAGCUCACAGACUGGGAGUGGUGCAGGAGUAAAUCGGAGAGGACCCCUCGGCAGCGAUCAGGUGGGGCCUUAGCUAUUCCUCUGUGUGCAUUUCAAGGAACUGUGUCACUUCAGGCACCCACAGGAAAAACUCUCUCUUUGUCUACAUACGAGGUAAGCACUGAAGGACAGAAGAUAACACCUACGUCAAAGAAAAUCGAAGUGUAUCGAUCUAAAAGUGUUGGCCAUGACCCCAACCCAGAGGAGUGUCCUAAUUCAUUCGCUGAUACAAGUGUUAAAAUUCAUUUAGAGGUUCUGGAAAUUUGUGACAAUGAAGAGGCUCUGGAUACUGUUUCCAUCAUCAGUAAUAUCAGCCAGUCCUCCACACAGGUAAGAUCUCCAUCCUUACGCUAUUCACGGAAAGAAAACAGAUUUGUCUCAUGUGAUUUAGGGGAAACUGCUUCCUACUCACUCUUCAUACCAUCAAACAAUCCUGACAGCGAUAUUAACAUAACAAUUCCAGACACUGUGGAAGCUCACCGGCAGAAUAGUAAAAAGCAGCACAUGGAGAGAGGUGGUUAUCAGGAAGAAAUACAGAUGUUGAAUAAAGCAUACAGGAAACGGGAAGAAGAUGGCAACAGCAAUUAAAAGAUAUUUAAUCUAAACAUUUAAACUGAUUCAGUGGACAUUGCUCCUCUUGACUCAUGUUACACUAACAAAUACAAUGCCAACUGUUUUUUUGGGGUUGUUUUUUUCCUAGUAUAUAAAUUAUUUUCAUUUGGGUACACUGUUAAAUAGUUAACAUUUACAAAUGGGAAAACAAACGCUUCAGUGCUUUGCAGCUUUGCGUAAUAAAAUUCAACUUAUUUACAUAUCUCUUUAUUUGAGGAAGACUUGCAUCUGAAAGGAAUCCUAAAUAAAGUCUUAAAAGACACCAUUGCAUGCUUGUUGGCACUGGGUGGUCUGUGGGAAGCCAGAAAAUGAGAGAACAGCUCUACACACAGGAAAAUGUAACAGGUUUCAAUGACUGUUGCAGUUCUGAUGUGCCAGACUUGAAACAUUUACUGAAAAUAUGUAGCACAAGCCUAAGAUUAAGCCAUGCAUUUGGUUAGGGAUUGUAUGUUGCCUACAUGGUUUAAUUUUCUACUGCUCCAUACGUGAUUGAUAUGUAAUGUCUCUGUAAGUGGCCAUUGUAUAGACCCUUGAAUGUGGGUAGCUGAAACUUAAGCAUGCACAUUUUGUAAGACCAACGUUGUGAAAAUAUGUUCUCAUGGCUUGACAUUUCUUUCAUCGAGUGUGUCAAAUGUUGGAUGAUUUUAUGCUAGUUACUCUAAAGUGUGCCAUUUUCUGCCUCCUUGAUCUCCUAGGAGAGGGGACAGGGCUGUUCAAGGAGGCCAAACUUAGAGACCCAGCUUACCUGUUGACCUCAGCUUGAGGCUGAUUGCCCACAUUAGCUUCC